AUGGGUUUGGAUGCUGAAGAAGAACCUCUUUCUGAGUUAAGAGAUGAAGAAGAAGCUAAUGGUCCAGAAUCAUCAGGAACUCUCUGCUUACACGCAUUUUCAGAUUUAACCCAUGUUUCUCCUCUCGUCUUCUUAUAUCUUCUCAAAGAAUGCUACAUUCAUGGAAGCAACAAGGCAACGAAGAAGUUUCAAGCGUUACAGUAUCAAGUUCAUCAAGUUCUUGCUAAUAAACCACAACCAGGUCCUGCAAGUUUCAUUGUUCAGUGCCUUAAUGUCCUCCCUGUGUUUGGGACAUACGGUGAAGGGUUUAGUCACUUGCUGAUAUCGUCUCUUCGCCGUUACUUCAAGACAUCGACCUCAGAAACGAGCCAAGAAGAUAUGUGUUUGGCGAGAAGACUAGCUGCUACACUCUUCCUUGCUAUUGUUGGUGGAAUUGUAGCUUAUGAUGAGAAAGUAAUGGUGAACACUCUUAAAAUGUUUGAUGUUGGGUUAACAAACAUCGAUGAGGCCUUGUUGUCUUCUGGGUCUUCUGAAGUUGGAUUUGCUUCCGGAGGAGGAAGUGUGUUUCUGGAGCGAUACAUCUCUGACUUGAUCAAAUCGAAGUCUUUCAUGACUGCUGUGUCUUUGUUAGAGCAUUUCUCUCUGAGCUUCCCUGGAGAUGCCUUUCUUCAACAGAUGGUUGAGGAUAGAGACUUUGUAGCUGCAGAGAAAUGGGCUAUUUUCAUGGGAAGACCAAGUUUAUGCGUUCUUGUCCAAGAGUAUGGCUCAAGGAAUAUGCUAAAGCAGGCUUAUAAUGUCAUAAAGAAGAACUAUCUCCAGCAUGAGUUUCCUGAUUUGUGUUACAAGUGCAAAGAAAGUGCACUGAAGGAUUUAGCAGAAAAAGCAUGUUGGGAUGUUGCUGAAAGACAGGCAAAAGGUGACACACAGCUUCUUGAGUAUCUGGUUUACUUGGCAAUGGAAGCUGGUUACAUUGAGAAGGUUGAUGAACUAUGUGAUCGAUAUUCGCUUAAAGGUCUGCCAAAAGCACAAGAGGCUGAGGUUGGUUUUGUUGACAAAAGCUUUCUGCAUCUGAAAGAUCUAGCUGUGGAGGAAGUAGUUUGGGUUGAUGAAGUAAAUGGGUUAAGAGAAGCAACUUCUUUUCUUGAAGAAUGUAAAGUUAUUGGUCUUGACUGUGAAUGGAAACCAAAUUAUAUGAAAGGCAGUGAACCGAACAAGGUUUCAAUUAUGCAAAUUGGAUCUGAUACCAAAGUUUUCAUAUUGGACUUGAUCAAGCUUUACAAUGAUGCCUCUGAAGUUCUUGAUAGCUGCCUUAGUCAGAUUUUGCAGUCGUAUAAACCAUUAAAGCUAGGUUACAAUUUUCAAUGUGACAUCAAGCAAUUGGCGCUUUCGUACGGCGAUCUAGAGUGUUUCAAGAGCUAUGAAAUGUUGCUAGACAUUCAAAAUGUUUUCAAAGAAGCAACUGGUGGUCUAUCAGGACUAACCAAGAAAAUAUUAGGAGUGGGUUUGAACAAAACAAGACGCAACAGCGACUGGGAACAAAGGCCUUUGGCUCAGAAUCAGCUAGAGUAUGCUGCUCUUGAUGCUGCGGUGCUUGUUCACAUAUUUCGCCAUGUUCGGGAUCAACCUCCAAGUGACAGUAGCUUAGAGACGACUCAGUGGAAAUCUCAUAUUGUCUCUCAUAUGGAUAACCAGAAGAAGUCGAAGAAGCCUAAGAACCAUUCCAUGGAAACCUCAGCUUCUGUUAUUUAA